AAAAUUCACAAAUGUAUCGUAUUUUAUCGUUUAUUUGCGUAAAGCCAUUCACGAAAAGAAGAGCAGCAGCAUUUACUGGUUGUGCGCGGCGUUCCACUCCACAACCUUCGGGUGUUCCGCCACCAGCUUGAACACGCGCUGCAAGUUGUCGUACGAGUCCGCGAUGGUCUUGGCGAAUCCAGGCACACCACUCUUGAAGCCAAGCAGCACACCGUAGAUAGCGAGGUCUGCCACAGUGAGGUUCGCUCCAGCCGCGUAGGGGCCCUUGUUCGCAGUAAUCCGUUUCUCCAGGAAUUCCAGCGUCUUGGGCACCAUACCGCUGGACAGUUCCGCGCGCAUAGCCAGCUGCUUCUCCGUGUCCUUCUCACGAUGAGAAGCACCCCAAAGCGGGUAGUUGAACAUGUCGUCAAGGAUCGCAAACAGCUCGUCAAUGCGGUAGGCUGCAACCGGGUCGGUCACUGGGUACAGUCCCGAGAGCGUGCCGGCGUAUCGAAGGAUAGCCAAAGACUGGGCAAUAACCUCGCCGUCCACUUCCAGCACUGGCAGCUGGUUGAACGGCAACGACGGCUUGAGGUUCGUCAAUUCUUCGACAGUGAUGCGUUCGUCCUCGAACUCGACGCCUCCGAUGUAGAAGGCAAGACGGAUCGGUUCUGCACGGCCAGGUUUGGGCAUGUAGACCAGCUUAAGCUUGGGUGCGUUGUGCUGCAGCGUGUACCAUUCCUUGACCUUGGGGUGAUUGGCGAUCUUUUCAUGCGUCUCAUUGAUCAACUUGUAGCCAUCCAGUACUGUAGUGGGGAUGUGGUCGAUGUAGCCGGCACGCAGAGACUUGACCCAGGCGUAGAUGGCCACUUCAUGGAUGAACACAUCCUGGGACUGGAAGACCGGGAUCUGCUUCAUCUUCUCGAGGCGAGCCUCAAAUAGACCAGCGUAGCGAGGGAUUGUGACAGUGGCCAACUCCUCACGCAUGGCCUUCUUCUUGUCCGCGUCGGACUCGCUGAACGCCGGGCCCAUCUUCUCCUCGAGCUCGCCCAUGGCGUGCAGCAGCUCGUCGAUCUUAAGUGCCAGGUAGGGCGCGCUAACGGGGUAGAGUCCUCCCAUGCGACCGGCGAAGCGCAUGAUGGCGUGCGACUGGGUGAACACCUCGCCAUCCACUUCGAGGAUCGGCAGUUGUCCCAGGGGCAGUGACUCCUUUAUGGCAGCGAAUUGCGCAUGGCCGAUGCGCUUGUCCUCGAAAGGCACACCGCCGAUGUAGAAGGCCAGACGCUGGGCCUCGGCACGCCCGGCGGCGGCGAAGUAGAUGAGCUUAAUGGACGGGAAGGCGCUCAUCGCGGAGGUAAAGAGAUCUUGCUGGUGGGAAGGUGUAGUGGUACACGUGGAGCGAAUUGAAGACUGAGGAGGAGGAACGCUCAUCACGCAAUGUAGAAGUGAGCAAUCGCCCCGACUGUACAAAUGUAUGUACGCAAACGGAUCUUGAUGACGUCAACUAUGGCUGCUGCCACCGACUGUGUUAAACGGAAGUUUGGAGCACCGGAAGUACCAAAAAAAAUAGCAAAAAAAAAAGUUGCCAAAUAAACUAGCGCGACAAGAA